GCUAUUGCACCCUCUCAAUACGCUCUGCAAUAACUCCUCUCUCUCAGUAGUCACCUGUAUCCCUCUUUCUUCCCCAACUCACCAUUUUGGAUUCUAUCUCCUCUUUUUUCUCGUCCGUUUUCUCUUCCCUUCUCUCUCUAUCUCUCUUCUCCAUCACCGCAUUCAUCUUCAUCUUCUUAAACCCUUCAAAAACUUUCACCACCACCAAAAAAUCCCCGCAGCACCACUCGCUCCGGUGGCCUAAAAUGCCUUGGGAACAGAUCUGACCCUAGCUAGCCUUGACCCUCAAAGGCUCAGACGGUCAGUUGACUCAGUUCUCCAAGACCUUGUUUCUUCUUUCCACACAUGAUCUGUCUCUUCAUUAUUUUUAUUUUUAGAGGAAUCUUCCGUUAUUAUUUUCAAGACAAAGAAAUUUAAGCGGGGUGUGAGCCGUUAUAAUCUUUGCGAAAGAUUAUCCAGAUAUUUAGCACGUAAGAACAAAAGGCUCUAAUAACUUUCUGGAGGUCAUUUCUGCCCUCAUGUCACUUGUGACAAUCUAUUUAGCUUUUCUCAGACAGGGGGGUUGCAAUAGCAUCUCUAUUAAAUUCAAAUCAACCAACCCCACCUCUCUCAAACAAUUCAUAUAAGACAAUUCUCAUCUUUCCAGUAGAGAGAGGAAGGUGUCUAGGGUUUUGUCUAAGAGAGAAAAGAGAGAGCGAAAUACGCAGAGCUGCCGGAAAAAUGUUUCUGGUGAGUAAUUGUUACAAGUACAUGAACAGAAAGUGGUUGGUGUAAGGUUUCAGUCAUCUCUUUUCAGCUAAUCAUUUCAUAUACAGAUUGACGUCAUAUAUAUAUUGCUAGCUUCAGCUUUGUGAAUUGGUUUUUAGGGAUUUGGUAGAAAUGUUUCAGCCAAGCAUGUUCGACAGCCACCAUAUGAGUAUGCUGGACAUGUCGACCCACAAAAGCUCUGAGAGUGAUAUGGGAAGGAGCCGGGAUGAUGAUUUUGAGACAAAAUCCGGCACUGAAACAACAGAUGUUCCCUCUGGAGAUGAACUAGAUCCCUCCCAACCUCGCCCCAAAAGGAAACGCUACCACCGCCACACACAGCGCCAAAUCCAGGAAAUGGAAGCAUUCUUCAAGGAGUGUCCGCACCCAGAUGACAAGCAGAGAAAGGAGCUGAGCCGUGAGCUAGGGUUAGAGCCUUUGCAAGUCAAAUUCUGGUUUCAAAAUAAGCGAACCCAAAUGAAGGCUCAACACGAACGGCAUGAGAAUUCGAUUUUGAAAAACGAAAAUGACAAGCUUCGUGCUGAGAACAAUCGAUACAAGGAAGCCCUCAGCAAUGCCACAUGCCCCAACUGUGGAGGUCCGGCUGCUCUUGGUGAGAUGUCCUUUGAUGAGCAACAUUUGAGGAUCGAAAAUGCUCGUUUACGUGAAGAGAUUGAUAGGAUAUCUUCAAUUGCCGCCAAAUACGUUGGCAAGCCUAUGUCAAGCUCAUUCUCUCACCUUUCAUCUUCUCAAGGGCCUUCCCGCUCCCUUGAUCUCGCGGUUGGCAGUUUUGGGGCUUCACAGUCUGGUUAUGUAGGAGAAAUGUAUGGAUCUGGUGACCUUCUCAGAUCAGUUUCAGUGCCUACUGAUGCUGACAAGCCCUUGAUUGUUGAGCUUGCUGUGGCAGCCAUGGAAGAACUCAUUAGAAUGGCUCAGGCUGGAGACCCUUUAUGGGUUCCUGCUCAUGACAACAGCUCAUCAACUCAUCAUGAUAUUCUAAAUGAAGACGAAUACUUGAGGACGUUUCCUAGGGGUAUUGGCCCUAAACCAUUGGGCUUAAAAUCUGAAGCUUCAAGAGAAUCAGCAUUGGUCAUCAUGAAUCACGUUAACCUUGUUGAGAUUCUUAUGGAUGUGAACCAAUGGUCUACUGUGUUCUGUGGUAUUGUUUCAAGAGCAAUGACCCUUGACAUCCUAUCAACCGGAGUAGCUGGAAACUACAACGGAGCCUUGCAAGUGAUGUCAGCUGAGUUCCAAGUUCCCUCACCGCUUGUUCCAACUCGUGAGAACUACUUUGUAAGGUACUGUAAGCAGCAUACUGAUGGAACUUGGGCAGUGGUUGAUGUUUCCUUGGAUAAUUUACGCCCAAGUUCAAUUUCAAGAAGUCGUAGAAGGCCAUCCGGUUGCUUAAUCCAAGAAUUGCCUAAUGGUUACUCCAAGGUUGUAUGGGUGGAACACGUAGAAGUGGAUGAUAGAGCGGUUCACAACAUUUACAGACCACUAGUAAACUCUGGUCUUGCAUUUGGAGCCAAGCGUUGGGUUGCUGCACUCGAUAGACAAUGUGAACGUCUUGCAAGUUCAUUGGCCAACAAUAUUCCGGCUGGAGAUCUCUGUGUCAUAACUAGUGCAGAAGGGAGGAAAAGUAUGUUGAAGCUCGCGCAGAGGAUGGUGUUGAGCUUUUGCACUGGCGUAGGUGCUUCUACGGCACACGCGUGGACGACAUUGUCAGCAACAGGCUCUGAUGAUGUGAGGGUCAUGACCAGGAAAAGCAUGGAUGAUCCUGGAAGGCCUCCUGGCAUUGUUCUAAGUGCUGCAACUUCCUUCUGGCUUCCAGUUCCUCCCAAGAGAGUCUUUGAUUUCCUUCGAGAUGAGAAUUCUCGGAGUGAGUGGGAUAUCCUUUCAAAUGGUGGCCUAGUGCAAGAGAUGGCACACAUAGCGAACGGUCGUGAUCCUGGUAACUGUGUCUCCUUAUUGCGUGUAAAUAGUGCAAAUUCUAGUCAAAGCAACAUGCUGAUACUCCAGGAGAGCUGCACAGAUUCAACAGGGUCGUAUGUGAUAUAUGCUCCAGUCGAUAUUGUGGCCAUGAAUGUCGUGUUGAGUGGGGGUGACCCUGAUUAUGUUGCACUUCUGCCAUCGGGUUUUGCUAUCCUACCUGAUGGGCCUCCUGCCGGAGGAGCUGGAGGAAUUCUUGAUGUUGGUUCUGGUGGAUCUCUACUGACAGUAGCCUUUCAGAUCCUAGUUGAUUCAGUUCCUACUGCAAAACUCUCGCUUGGAUCUGUGGCCACUGUUAACAAUCUGAUUAAGUGCACUGUUGAGCGGAUUAGAGGUGCGGUCACAUGUGAUCAGAACCCAUGAUCCUGGAAUUUCCUUACAUAAGUGGGAAAGGGAAGAAGGAAACAAGAAUGAUGUGGUUUACUGAGUAAUUGAGGACUAAUUAGGGAAGAGUCAAGAACGCACCUUAAAAUAUCCUUGUUGGUUGGUGUUUUGUUGAGGCAUGGUCUAAGAAGCGAUUCACCACCCCACAAGGGUAGUGGGUUCGGGUAUUGACUUCCCCUAACAAAAAGAUCAAAGUGAACUCAGGCCUUAGUGUGGUUAAUUGUUAAUUACAAAGUUAGAAUAACUAUGUUCCGCUACUGUUUUUGUCGUAGGUCCUAAUUAGGGUUAGGGUUGGGAUUUUAGGGUUUACUUUUGUUCCUAGGGUGGUAAUUUCAUAACUGUAUGUAAGAUCGAAGCCUGGGGUGGUAAUUCCAUAGCUGCAUUCCAUCUAGUGUUUCUGCUCCAAGAGGUGUUAAUUCGACUUUUGAAAGUCAAGAAUUAUGGUUUAUGCAAUUUCAGAUUAAUGUUAGUUGCUUUCAGAAUGAUUUUUGCUUC